CUCUCAGCAAAGGUGUGGGACUUCACUUCACCAGCGACGCGGGAGCAGCCGGGCUGUGACCAUUUGGAGUUUGCCCAGUCUUAUGAACCACAAACUGGGAUAAAGAUAACAGAAGGAGUGGUCUGAUAUGUGAACCAUUAAAAAAAACAUAAAACCAUUUGUGACGCAAAAGGAGGUAAGGAUUGGUUGGAUAUCAGCUUGUGCCACUGACGAUUAUGACUCUGUUUGGUUGAAGAAUUUAAUGAUUACUCGGUCAAUCUGAUUUCUGUGGAAUACCCCGGUUGUGAUCUCAAGAUUACAUUUGGAAGUUCUCCAAAGAAGAGGAAUGGAGAUGUGAAAGAUAAGGACCCAAACAUUCACAAGCCUUUCCCGGUUAGCGAACCAUCUACUCAUCUAUUAUUCCGCAAGUGUGCGUGUGUUUGCAUAAGCUUGUUUAUCAGGGUGUGUCUUUAUAGAUGUGCCCAGGUAGGUUAAAAUGGCUUUGUGGGGUUUAAAAGCAGGUGUGCAUUAGUCAGCCCUCCCUCAUCCUCUCUCGGGCGAUGUGAGAGGCCAUCUCAUUUGCCGAUCAGAUCAUGGACAGAUUAUCAGCCUAAAUGAGCAUUAGAAGAAGCUCUGAUGCAUCGGAAUAACAUGUAUAGAGAAGUUUUACCAUGGAGAAGGCAUUUUCCUGGUAAAUACAACAAAGAACUGGCGUGAAAAGAAGCAAAAGGCGACUAUUAUUGGGGAACUUUAUUCCAAAACUGGUUAUUUGAAUUUGUCCUUUUUGGACUUCAGUCUGAAACCAUGCACAGCGCAGUAGAGCUGAUAUCACGACUGUAACUUCAACCAGAAGAUAGUGUUCUGUGCUGGCACUGACCCUGAAACGAGAUCAGCCGGGAUGUCUUUUACAGGUUACUCCAUCUCUGACUGAACGUGUUGGCGGACCCAUUCGUGACUCUGCUAGUCAGCACCAUCAUGUAUGUGCUGUGCACCCUGGUGUUUCUCUCCCUACAUAGCCUAUUUAGGAGACCCAGGGCCCUGGAAUCCUCUGAACCCAAGGCGAUUGAGGCACCUGAGCAGCACAGACAGGAUUUAGCCAAACAGGGACGCAAGAAGAAGAACAAGCACCCCUCGCCUGGUAGUUCUGGAGCAUUAGAGACCUCAAGAGCCCUUAGACAGCAUGACUUUGAAAGAUGCCUGGAUGGACCCCGCAGAGCAAGUAAAAGAAGAUCUUUUCCCCUGGAUAAUGUGCACGAGAGGAGGAAGAGAGGACAGCCGGUCCAGCGGAGUGGUCUGCUCGGCCCUGCGGUCAUGUACAGCACACGAAAGACCUGGGACGUCGGCCACACACCCUGCCUGCAGGAGCUCUGGAACAAAGACCUCUCAUUGGAUGCGAGUUCCCUGGAUAUCCUGAUGAGUGAUGGUGAGGAGGAGAGCUCCUUCCUCUCGUUACCCAAUUCUGUCCUUCAACGACACCGUUUGACCUCUGACCUCGCUGAAACGGCAACCUCAGAACAGCAGCAGUUGCUGAUACAGAAGGUUACUUUGUCCUGUUCCUGGACGUCUGCCUACACGCUGCAAGAGAGAGUUUGUGAGUUCCAGGCACGCUUGCGCAACGAAGACGCAGCGAAACAACUCCUGCUACAACGACUGCAGACACACGACGACCACCAUUACGAGGAACAUUCAUCCUUUAACCAAGAACCUCAAGAGCAGCUCAGACUGAACGGCGUCCAGCUCAACCAAGCUGUGUCCCCUACAGGUGCGAGGAACUCUAGUACUUUGAUACAAAAGCCUCUGGAUUUUCCCAGCGCUGUACAAGUGAGUAAAAUUCACUCACAGGAGCAACUGCAAAAAGACGAGGGAGAACAACUCGCUCUCAUUACAGGGCUGCGCACACAGGUCAAGGAGCUGGAGGAGAAACUAGUGGAUCAGACACAGGAGGUGGAGAGACUGCGCUCUGAGCUGGGGGCGACAGAUCUGGAGAAACAGCUCGAGGUGCUGGAGAGUGAAAACCAGCGGCUCAAACAGGAGCUGAGGGCCAGUCACACCCAGACCAGCUGCUCUACUGCCCACUGCCCGCACAGCCAGGAUGCGGAGGCCCUGCGUGGAGAGCUGUGUCGUAAGGGCGAGGAGUGUCGCGAGCGAGAGCGCCGGCUGGCCGCGCUGGAGCAGCAGGUGCAGGAGAGGACGGGUGUCGUGGUUCAGCUGCAGGAGCAGUUGGAGGAGGCCGCGCACCACAGACAGCAGCUCCAGAAGCAGCUGGAAGAGGCGUCAUGCCACAGGAGCCAGAGCGAGGAUCAGCUGACCUCUCGGCUUCGUGACGCUGAGGAAGCUCUGUCUCUCCAGGCUGCACAGCCGCUGCAGGUCAAGUAUGUGACCAAGACGGUUGAAGUGGAGUCGGCUCAGUGUAAGCAGGCUUUAAUGGAGGCUCAGGCCCGUAACCAGACGCUGCAGGAGCAGCUGUGUGUGCAGAGACAGCUCCUCAGAGAGCUCGAACAGCAGCUCCACGAGUCCCAGAGGACCAGCGGGCAGCUCCGCCAGCAGCUGAGGAUGGACCGCGGCCGUCUAUAUGGUCUGCUCUCCAAGGCGGUGGGUGGGGCUAACACAGAGGUCACCCACAGGCUCUCCAAGAUCCUGGUGUAUGAGGGUGAGAUGGAGAGAGCUCAGGGCCAGCUGGAGGCAGAGAUGGCGAGUCUGGAGGAGGAGAAGAACAGAGUGAUCGAAGAUGCUUUCAUCAGAGCGGAGAGUGAGAUGAAGGCCGUCCAUGAGAACCUAGCAGGUGUGCGGAUGAACCUCCUGACCCUGCAGCCGGCCCUGAGAACCCUCACCUGUGAUUACAACUGUCUGAAGAGACAGGUGCAGGACUUCCCUUACAUGCUGGAGAAAGCCAUCACUGAGGCCAAGCAGGAGAUCUGUCAGGUGAUUGGAGAGGUGAGCAGUGCAAACCAAGAACUGCUGCGGAAAUACAAGCGGGAGAUGAACCUGAGGAAGAAAUGCCACAAUGAACUGGUGCGCCUCAAAGGAAACAUCCGUGUGUUGUGUCGCGUACGCCCCGUGUGUGCUGGAGAAACAGAUGCUGCUGACACCAAAAACCUAGUGACCUUUGACCCUGAUGAUGAUGCUGUUCUCUACUUAUCCAAUAAGGGCAAGCUCAUGACCUUUGAACUUGACAAAGUCUUUCCCACUCAGGCCACGCAGGAGGAGGUGUUCCAGGAAGUGCAGUCUCUGGUCACUUCCUGUAUUGAUGGCUUUAACAUAUGCAUCUUUGCUUAUGGGCAAACCGGCUCUGGAAAGACCUACACUAUGGAGGGGGUCCCUGAGGACCCUGGCAUUAACCAGCGUGCUCUGCGGCUGCUCUUCUCUGAAGUGUCUGAGAAAAAGCCUGACUGGGACUAUAAGAUCACUGUCAGCAUGGUGGAAAUCUACAAUGAGACGCUUCGAAACCUGUUGGGUGACAGUCCCAAUGAGAAGCUGGAUAUAAAGAUGUGUCCAGACGGCAGUGGACAGCUGUAUGUGCCAGGACUCACAGAGUUCACAGUGGAGAGCGUGGAGGACAUCAACAAGGUGUUUGACCUGGGUCACAUGAACAGGGCAACAGCAUGCACUAAUCUAAACGAGCACAGCUCUCGCUCUCAUGCCCUCCUUAUCGUCACAGUGGCGGGUUUCAACUCUUCAACGGGCCACCGCACCUCAGGUAAGCUGAAUCUGGUGGAUCUGGCCGGUUCAGAACGGAUUGCCAAAUCCGGCGCCGAGGGCAGUCGUCUGCGUGAGGCUCAGUGUAUCAACAAAUCACUGUCGGCGCUGGGUGAUGUCAUCAACGCCCUGCGCUCCAAACACUCGCACGUGCCCUUCAGGAACUCCCGCCUCACGUACCUUCUGCAGGACUCGCUCAGCGGAGACAGCAAGACCCUCAUGAUGGUGCAGGUGUCUCCUCUGGAGAGUAACAUCAGUGAGUCCGUGUGCUCUCUGAAGUUUGCUCAGCGCGUUCGGACUGUUGAGAUCGGCCCCUCGUCUUCCUCGCGCCGCCAAGCAGAGAACUCCUCGACAUCCUCCUCACCAACUCAUGACAGCGUGGAGCUGGACUCUCCUCCCGUGACCCCCGUGCCCCUCCCCAUCUCAAGGGCCAGCAGCGCAGGUUCAACCCUCUCCUCCACUUCUAAAACCCCCACCACCCGACGCCGGUCCCACAGUCAGCUGUCCGCAGAUAGUCAGGUAGACAGGAGCAGCCCAUUGGUUGGGGACGGUGGGCAGGACGAAUGAAGAUGACAGCGUGAGGAACCGCUUAGAGCUGCCGUCCAUCCACCAAACCUCUCGACCAAUCGCCUCCUUUCUGAAUGAACCAAUGAGAGACCUGCUUUUCCUUGCUUGCUGGCAGGGGAGGAGCUCAACCGGCGAAUCAGGGUUCGUGUUGGGAACUGUGACUUCUGAUUGGAAUGUCUGAUGUAAUUUUAAGAUGAAGAUGACGACCUCUCCACAACGCCUGCUGCCUCAAGACGAGAAGACCGUUUCUGGCAAAGUGUUUCUGGGCAAUAAUGCACUUUAUUCUAGUCUAGGCUGUCAUUUGUAAUGUUACGUAAAUGCGAUUGAUUUCUAGAAGCUUGAAUGUACGUGUGUGUAUGUAUAUAUUCAUUUGUCUAAGCAAGAUUUACUUUUUUAUUCCUUGAUCUUGAAGAGAUCUUGCUGCUUUUUUCUUUUUUCUUGAUCUUUUUUCCCCUGCGAGAGCAAGUCAAACGUUCACUCCUGAUAAGCUUUGAACAAUUCUGUGUUUAAUAGUGGCAAUAAGAAAUCAUGCAAAUGCAAAGUUUGGUCUCUUAGUAGCAUUUUGUCUUUUUGUAUAUAGAAACUUGAAGGCCAUUCAAAGCCCAGACUGUCUUCCUGAUCUAUGCAUGUGUUCAGAGUGGGCGUUCAUUCAUUUUAGGACAAUCAUUAACAGUUGUUGUGCAGUGAAGUCAAACCAUGGCGCUAUACAGUGUUUGCUGAACAGGACGAGGAUUAGAUCUGUACAUAGACGUGACUCUUUCUUCUGGGGUCUUGCUUGCUUGUAUUCACAUUGGUGUAUGUUUGUAUGCAGUUUUUUUUUUUUGUACACAGUUUUUAAUAAAUGCUCCAAACUCUCUUUUGGGAGAAAUUA